AUGGCAACUGAUGAACGCGAUGACCCUCUCGUCAAGGCUCUCCCUCCCGAAACAGACUACCUGACCUAUCUCACAAUUCUAGAAUACCAAUUGACGCCCGAACGCCUGCCGAUCCUACACAAUCUGCUCCAGGAUGAGAAGCUGACGAUAAAUAUAGGCUGGGACUUGGUCCAGUUGCUUCUUCCUAUGAUUCCGGCAUCUCAGGAAUGUCUACAAGAUGUGGCUAGGCUGGGGAAUCCGCGAGAGGUUAUUUUGCGGGUUUCGAAUUCAUUGAUGAAGUUGGAGCCCGUCGAAGAAGAUGAGGAAGAAGCGAAGGACGAAAUGGACGAAAAGAGAAUCAGCAAAGCCAUUGGGGAGGUUAAUCUGGAGGAGAAACCCAGUGUGAACGACAAUGAAGCUAUAGACGAUAAGUCAGGAGCUACACCCAAAGUCCCAGUGCACAUCCUACAAUUCAACUGCCUUCUUUCCAUGCUCUCGGUCCUCCACUCCCGCAUCCAAACAAAGUACCCCAGCCGUUUCGUUGCAACCUCCCUCCAAGCCGUGCUGGAAGCAUACACUGCUUUCCCAACGGUGGAAACAACAGCGGCAGUGCUAGAAUUCUUCAGAGACAUAGCUGGCAAGAAGCGUCCGCGUCUACCGCCUCGGAUUACAAGUGAAUCAUUGUUGCCGCAGACCACACAAGAGUCUGCGCCGGAUCCUGAGGCUGAAUCGCAUCCUGGGACUGCAGCAUCCGGGGAAGGUGUUAUGGUAAAGAGACUUAUGCAGUUUGGGCUUGUUGAGCUUUUGAAAACAUAUCUCUUGCAUUGUAUUAAUGAGGCGCCUGCAGGCAUGCAGUGGGCACUUCGAUUACAGGAGAAAUUGGAUACGAAGAAUCGGAUGCACUCAUCGUUAAGCUUAAUUGAGGAGUUCGGAAGGGAUGGACGAUUGAAAGAGCGGGAUAUGACUGUUGGGAAGAUUAUCGCACUAUCGCGAGAUUUUGACUUAGAAACAAAGGAACUGCUGGAUAUCAUUUCGAAGCCUGGUGACCAGCAACCACUUCCUCUAGACUUUGAAGAGACUCCGAAACACCCGAACGAUGUCCCCAUUCAAAGACAUGGCUGUCUACUGCUGCUGGCAGCUCGGUCUGCCGCCGAUAAACUUCUCUCUUCCGGCCAGCCAGUAAAACCCAUUCCUGUCUUCCCUGAUCUUGCCGCCAUAUUUUUGAAUUUCCUUGGAGAAAGCAAAUCUCCAUAUUCAACCAUGAUGGAAGAACCCGAAGCCCUCGUCGAUUCGCUCUUAUCCCUAGCCGUGAUUGCCAGUUGUAACCCAGUUUCAGCCCCUCAAAAUGAAACUGAAUUUAGCCAACUCAUCAUCCAGCUCACGGCCUGUGCCCGUGCACCUGGUUUCCGUAGUUUUAGCCGGAUGGCCCGUGUUCCAUCAACAAUAUUCCACAGCAAUCCCGACCCAACUGCACGAUUUAAUCUCAUCAACAAAAUCCUCGAGAACGAAGAUUUGCAGGAUGCCCGAGAACCAGCAAUAGGAUGGCUAAAGGAUGAACUCCUUCCAGCAGCCGCGCUAAAUGCACCACCAGACCAGAAAGAAAACAUCUUCACGGACCCCAACCAUUUCGCCAUCCUCUUCCAGCACAUCUACAAACCCAUCCCGGCCGACUGGCUGGCCCUCGGGACCGCCAAAACCAAAGACCUCAUUAACACCUGGAUGACAUUUACUCAACAUCUGCUCCCCUACUACCUCUCCAUCCUAAACCUCUACUAUUUCCUCACCCAGUCCCCAGCCCUCUUCGAGCGGUUACAAAUACAAAAACUCCACCCUGCUUUCGAAUCCAACUUCCUCGUUCCACUCAUGACCUUCGCGAAGCAUAUAUCGACAGACGCGGAGAUCAAGGCACGGGUCGAGAUGGAGGUUGGUGAUGAGGCAGAACAGAUGGGCCACGGAGCGGCUGAGUUGGUGUUACAUAUUAUUGGGGAGAUUGAGGAGGGUUCGGCAGGGCUGUUGGGUGGCCAGGGUGAAGGGUGA